CUCUCCCCACUCCGCCGCCCAAGCCUCAAGCAACGUGGUUAUUUAAGACCUUAACAACCUUCUCCAUCCUUAGACAGCAUUCACAUCCAUCCUCACAACCUGUUCACAAUGGGACUUUUCUCACACCAUCACCAUCAUAAUCCCCCUCCUCCUCCCGGUCCCCAGGGGCCCCCUCCAGGCCCCGGGCCCUGGGACCGUCCUGGUGGCCCACCACCACCACCUGGCCCUCCCGGCCCUCACGGCCCUCCUCAUGAUCCCAGAGACCCCUGGGCCCGUCCUCCUCCUCCCGGCCCUCCUGGCCCUCAUGGUCCUCCUCCUGAUCAAAGAGACCCCUGGGGUCGUCCCGCUGGUCCUCCCGGCCCUCCUCCUCCUCCGGGACCGAGAGAUCCCUGGGACCGUCCUGGCGGCCCUCCUGGCCCUCCUCCCCCGCCAGGCCCUCCUCCCCCUCCUCCGGGUCCUAGGGAUCCCUGGGAUCGCCCUGGUGGCCCUCAUGGUGGCCCCCCUCCUCCUGGCCCCCCGGGGCCUUGGGACCGUCCUGGUCCUCCUGGUCCUCCUCCCCCUCCGGGACCCCCUGAGUACCGCCGGUGGUAGACUAUCAAAGGUGUCGGUUUGCUAGGAAGUGAUAGCUUUUUUUUCUACCUGUAUAUAUGAUGUUGUGUUUUGGUUGAGAGUUGUAUAUGAUUCCCAUUUGCAUUUAUUCUAUAUUCGUCGUUAGCAUGGUUCUUGCACAACAUCAAAAUCCAG